AUGAGUAAACAUUUUAACAUUUCCAAUUACAACUUGGAUUUAAUUAAAUGUUUGCAAAAUGAUUCAGGAAUUUACUUCAUAUUAGAUCCUUCGAAAGCCAUCAACGAUAAAAAAACUUCUGAAGUAUAUGAUAUAUUUAUUCCUGAACACAGUGAUGGUGUUACCUUGCAUGUGCAGAAAUUACAUGAGGAGUACAAAUGCAUAGGAGUGAGCAUAACGAAAAAGGGCAUUGACAUCAACACUGGCACGCACAUCUUUAACGCGAAAAUUGCCGACUGGCUGGAGCAGCUUUUUGACUUUAACAAAACAUUGUCAAGCGGCAAUCAGCCCAGCGGCAAUCAGUCGAACGCCAACCAGCCGAGCGGCACUGACGCCGACUUCCACAUCAACCGACUCAAACGAGUGGGCAGCAACAACUCCGCCACCGCAGACAGCAACAGCGUCAACACCUCCCCCUCCACAGUCAUCAACAAUUCCAGCAAAGGCGCGAAUGCGGCCAUCAGCACCCUGAGCAGCAGCGCGAACGGCAGCAGCGGUGUCGGCGGCGUUGGCCAUGUUAGUGGUGUUGGCAACGUGAGACAUAAUAUGUCCUCCCCGGGCAUGCACCAGGGACCCAUCACCAACCUAGUUAAAAAUUCCAACAUCAACUUGGACGAUUUUGAAAAUAGCGACAACUACAAUUCCACACUGUGUAAUAAGAAAAAUAAUAAAAUGGUAAAUCAGUCUACCUGCAAUUUAAACCAAAGCAACGGUACAAAUAAUGCCGUAACGCAUAUUGUCCCUUCUACAAAUUUAUCAAAUUCUACUCAGUCAAAGGACAAUAAUACGAACAGUAAUAAUAAUAACGUUCCUUCGACGCAUCCUCACAUGCAGCAAGUCCAGCACGCUAAGCAAAUAAGGCUGAACCAAAUGAAUGCAACACACUCACACAAAUCGCAUCUUCUACCGUACCACGGUGGAAAUUAUGAGGACAAGAAUAGUAAAUUGUACAACAGCGUUGGAAGUGCGGCUACUAAUGGAAGUAGUGUGAAUAACAAAAAUGUGCUUAAUGGAACAGCGGCCAAUUUGGGUGCGUCCGGCAACGCGCAAGGGUCGUCCAACCCCAACAGUGAACUGAUUAAAAAUAACAAGCUGGGGUGCACGAAUAGGCAAAAAAAUGUGAACCACCAUCUGCAUAACAGUCACCAGCAGCAUAACAACCAGUCCAAUCACCCACACGGUGGCGACUCCCUAUACAACGCGCAAAAUGCACAGCCUUCACAAAAUUCGCAACAUGCGCAAAAUUCGCAGUCCUCGCAGAACGCGCACCCGAACAAUAAUCACGCAUAUAAUAACCACAAGUCACAACAGCAGUCAUACAAUGAGAAUUUUGGGUACCGGCCAACCCUUUUUAACUUACUUGAAGUUCUUGCAAAUCACAAUAUUACCACUCCAGACCAGCGUGUAUGCAUAAGGGGGAUAGUGACUGAUUUUUUAAACAACGAAUUACCUCAUGGCAAAAUAUAUGCAUACAUCGGUGCAGUAGUUGGGCACGACAUUCUACAUGACAUUAUAAGAAAAUUAGAAAAGGAUCCAAAUCGAAAUGUCGUUCCGGAUGCUUCUGGGUUGGCAAGGAUAGAAGCAGCUUUUGGUUUGAGCAAAUCAUCAUAUGAUUUUAUGAAUCACAACUCCAACAGCACAAGUGUUAAUAAUAUUCCUAACGUGCUAUUUAACCACAGAAAUUUGAAUAGUGCUCUUAUGAAUAAUCAUAUAUACUCGAGCAUCCUCUCCAAUGUAGCUAACAGUAGCAUGGUCAAUAAUAAUAAUAGCUCUAAUGGAGGUGGUGCUGGAGGUGGAAAUGUGAACGCAGGCAGUACAGAUAGAAUGAAUAUGGAUAACGAGAAACUUUUAAGUAAUGUUAAAACGCAGGCUGACCUAAACAACCUGCUCAAAUAUGCCAAGGGAAGUGACAAGUACGCUUUGUCUUGUAACAACAUGAUGAACAUGAAUAUGAAUAAGAAAAAAGGAGGUCACCCCACCAUGAAUAAUUUGUUAAAUAUGCGUUCAGAUGGCGUAUUUAACAAUGGUAGUAUGGCCUCCGUUGGUGGGUUAGGAAUGGGUGGUGGAGGGAUGAAUCAGAAAGGUGGUGGGCUCAGUGCACACGAUUAUCUGUGCAUGUCCAGGAAUUUAAACAUGCAGUGUAAUUCCCUGAACAACAGGGGAACUUCAUCGGAUGAUGAGGAAGAGCUCAUGAAGGUUAUUAAGAAAAAUAUUGAAACAUACAAAAUGAAUAAUAUUAAAAAUAUGCUUAUAUCUUCUGUCUUUGGCAGAAUCAAGUGGCUUAAAAUAAUGAACGAAUCACCACACUCGUAUCUCUACGGACAUAGUAUUGUUAAGUAUGGAAAUAAAUUGUACAUGUUUGGAGGGACAAAUAGUAAGCACAAAAAGGUACCAUUCAAUCAUACCCUCACCUUUAGUCUCAUUUAUUACAAUUAUAAGUUAUUGCCACUGGGCGGAAAUUAUCCUGAAGAGAGAGAUGGGCACACCACACACUUAAUCUCUUUGAAGACUGGAAUAGCUGUUUUCCUGUUCGGUGGUAGUAAUGAGAAUACUUAUUUUAAUGACAUUUAUACACUUGAUAUGGAGACGAGAAAAUGGAGCCAUCGAGUUACAAAAGGAAAAAUUCCCUUACCUAGGGAUCAACAUUGUUCACUUGUAUACCCAGCCAAAAGUGAACACGUUCGAGGGGAAAAGACGAAUCUAACAGAGGGAGUAAUCAUUUUUGGAGGCAAAUGUCUUUACAAUAAUAACAUUGUUAACCUGAAUGACAUGUGGAUGUUCUUAUUUCAAAUAAACAUGUGGGUCCGAAUCAAUUACUCCAGUCAAGAUUCGCCAAUUGGUAGAUAUGGAAUGAAUUUCGUUUGGUCUGACACCAAUACGUUGUGUUUGUUUGGUGGGGAGUAUUUCGAUUCGAAUAAGAAUUGUCGUGAGAGGAAGUUAUUGGACGACAUGUGGACCUUCCGCCUCAACUCUGCAUCCACUUCAAGUGGGGCAGCUACAAAUACCCCCUCAUCCCCGCCUCUUGUCGGUGUAGGCAGCCUCAGUGCAUUAGGUAAUGUGGGCAAUAUUGGAGGCGCUGGCGGAGUGCCGACUAGUGGAGGUCCCUGCAGAAAUUUUAUAUAUAAUACAUCUAGCUCUAUAGAAGGUACAUUAUACAAUGCAGUUGACAUAAUGCACGUGGAUUCCUUCAACAAUGGAAAUGCUCAUGCUGGUGGGAACAGUGGCGUUGGGGGUAGUAACAACCAUGAAGGACACAACAAGCAGUUUUACCAAAAUAAUUUGGCCACGAGUCAGUCAAUAGAUAAAAGCAGCACGUGUGAAAAUUUAAACAGCUUAACGAAUAAUGCCUUGGUGGAAAAUGGCCUCCCAAAUGCAUCUUUCAAUUUAAGUGAUGAUAAAGACUCCUCAGAUAAUGAAAACGAUCAAGUGAAUAACAUACUUAAGAAAAUAAAAAUAACAGGAGAAUGGAAAAGGGAAAUAUACGAAGGGAAAAUUGGUUGUAGGUCCAACUAUAGUAGUAUCUUCAUAACGCAGAGACAUCAGGAUUUUAAAAGUGCAGAGCCAAAGACGAUAGAAAAGUUAAUGCUGCUAUGUAGUGGGAUAACUUACAUGAACAAGGACAAUAAGUUGAAAAUAGUUUCAAGUGAUGAAAUUUAUGUCUACUUCUUUUCACAAAAGAGGUGGUAUGUACUAAGGGGUAAAUUAUACAAUGAAGAAUUUAUAUAUAAUGCUAGACAGAGACAUGUGGGUUGCUUUUUCGAAUCAAAAAAUGUACUUGGAAGAGCCAAUAAAAAUCCUGUCCCUUGUAUAUUCAUCCAAGGAGGGUUUAAAAAGAAUUCCAUUUUUGGAGAUGCUUGGUUGUUGUCCCUCACAGGGGAUAACCCUCUUAGAAUACAUGAGUAUGAUACAUCGAGGGAAAAAAUAUCAACCACACAAAUGCCACUCUACUACUUUAGGGAUACACAUUCCAUUAGUCUACUGUAUAGUUUCUGUACUCUGCAAAAAUGGCUCUUUGGUGCCUUUGCCAAUUUGGUGGAUAAUUGUGUACAUGCUUUAAAUCCGGCUGAAAAUGUUUUUAUAAAAUAUGAAUUGACCCCAGAGCAUGACGGGAUGUUGUCCAUUCAGGAUGAUGGAGAGGGGCUGGACUUCAAUGCCAUGAAUAGAAUUCUCCGCCUGUAUGGAAACUACCGUAACUACGAUAAUAACAGCUUGUCCAAUGAAACUGAUGUGGGCACAAGUGUGAAGAAGCAUAACUUACCCAAUACCCAUUUUGUGAAUAGCAGCCGAUUUGACGACUCAGAUGAGGAGAGCGGUGUGGAUGAUAGUGGUAGGAAUAAUAAGUCUAAUGCAGAGGCCACAUCAGGAGGGGAUGCCGCUCAUAAUGCAACCGCCGAAGGAGCCCAGCAGGGUGAACUCACAGGACAGAAUAGUAGUAACCCAACUGGGGAAGAAGGGCAAACGAUGACAAACGACCCUGUAGCAUCCCCUGAAGUGGGUAACAACAACCAAAAGAGGAAGAAAAAAUGCCCCUUCAAUGCUCAUUAUUAUUAUAAAAAUUAUGACCAGGAAUAUUUUUACAAUGAAAAUGCAAAUGGAAUAUUUGAUAUAAAAUAUGGCGUAGGGUUCAAAAUGUCAUUUGCAAGAAUCUCCUCCAGUUGUGCUAUCAUGUCUAGGACCAUAAAUACAAUUGGUAUCGGAUUACUCUCCUUAGAAUUAAUGAAUCACUGUGACGCCAAGGAGUUAGCCACACCCCUCUGCAUGUGGAAGUUACCAAAUAAAGAAUUAAUAAACAGAAAUAUUGCAAACAAGUCUGAACAUAGGCACCAUCAAAAGCUCCUCAUGUCCUACACACCAUUUAAUAGCCCUAGCUUAUUAGCAGAACAAAUUAAUAUCCUGGGCACGUAUAGUGGUACGAGGUUAUUGUAUUGGGACUUUAGAGACGACAUGGACUUUAUUGUAUUUUCUCCUGCAAAUAAUAAUAUUUACCUGAGCAGCUCUCCCCUGAGCAUUGAUGAAAUUAAAUGUAGUAAAAAGAAAAGAGGAGCUGCUAGCGGGGCCACGAAUGGUAUGAAAAAUGGAAUGGACGCUUCAAGAAAAAUGCACUGCAUUGAGGAUAUUAAACUGAGCAACAGGGAAGAGGUUAAGCGAAAGGCUUGUUCUGAUCCACAGGACGAGGAAACGGAAAAAUGUAAAAGGAGCAAAGUUGAUCAUGGUGGUGCGAGUCGAUUGCAUGGUGGUAGUAAUAAUGGGGGAACGACUACAGAUGGGGAUAAGGAGGAGCAGCAGAAGGAGGACAUGGAAGGAAACAACGGACACGACGACGACAACCACGAUGAUACUGUCGCUCAUGGUGGUGAAACGGGUGAUGGUGCUGAUGAGUAUACGGACACACAUAACACUACUAAGGAUGGUAGCCAAAACGAGGUGAACGAAAAGUGCCUCAAGGUUGAGGGUUCAAAUGGUGCGCUGUCCCCUGCAGAACGAGCAGCAGAUGCCAAUGCGUGCGCCAACGCGUGUGCGAAUAGUGGACAGAACCAAACGGAGGAAGCCAAAGGAGGAGCAAAAACGUCGACGCCCCCAAAGAGCAAUAAAGGUAGUGGUAGUAGUAGGUAUUAUGAAAAUGAGGAAUUUCAGCGCAGCAAUGAUGUUUUAAAAAAAAUGAAUUUGUUCGAAUACAACUCCCAUUUGAAUCCUUCCAUUUCAAAAGAAAAGUACAAUGUUAGUCCUAUUUUCCCCCUGUGGGAUCACCCCAAGGAUAGCAUUGAUUAUUGCUUAUCGACUUAUUUGUAUUGGCUAUACCUAAGGAGAAGUACUAAUAUUUUUCUUCAAAACACUUUACUCAUACCAACUUGUAUGAGGAAAGACGAGCACAAUGCGAGCGGUGCAGCAGGAGAUGGUGCAGGGACGUCUUCCACUGGUAACAAUAAGGGCAAGAAGGGUAAGAGGGGAAGGAAAUUCAAAAAGGGAGCUACAAAGAAUGGGAAGAGUGGUGCAGAUGUGGAGAAGAAGGAAAAGGCUGAGGACGGAAAUGCACCUGUUGGAGUGAAGGAAGAGUUGAACCAUGAAGUGAAUAAGGCAGGGGAAGGUGAGGACCCACACGUUGAUAAAAACGGAGAUGAGAAUACCAACCAGGGUAACAACAUGAACGAUUUGAACAACGAUGGAAUUUCCAGUGAGAAAGUACACGUAAAGAACGAAAUGCACGGUGAAGCGCCUGGUACUAAUAGUAGUAGUAGUAGUAUUAACAAAGACAGUGUGGAAAAUUUGGAAGUCCCUGGGGCAACUGAAGCAAGUAGUAAUGGUGAUAUAAACGGAUGUAAAGGGAACACUGGUGGGAAGGGUUCAAACGAAGGAGAUGAAGCCGCCCCCUCUAAUCAUGCUGGUGCACAUGCCAUGGAGAGCAACCUUGAGGCUAGUGCAAAGGAAGCCGAAACGAAUGAAGAAGAGGAGGAUGAUAGCGAAGUGGAUGAAAACGGGUUCACAAAAUUGCAAAAGAAAAAGCUAGAAGAAGCUUUAGAGUAUGGAAUAACGCAGGAAGUGAAAAAGAGAAAACAUGUGCAUAGGAACGACACCGAUGAUAGCGCACAGGAGGACGACUACAAUGAGGACGGUGAGGAGGAGGAUGAUGAGGAAGAGGACGAUGACGAUGACGAAGAGCAGGAAGAGGAAGAGGGAAAGGAGGAAGGCAACAAAAACGCUAACGCAACGGAGAAUGCGAACAAUGUAGAAAAAGCCCAACAGGGAGAAGAGGCAAAUGGGGCAAACGGCACGGAGGCUAAUCUCGGCGAGGCGACUGCAACGGGGGAAACCGUCGGUGACGCGGAAAAUCAGGAAAAGGCACAAGAAACGAAUGACGCUCUGAUGAGCGGCUCAGCCGUUGGAAACAACCCAGACGGAACACAAAAUGAAGAACAAGACCCCGCCUCCCCCAAAACGACACUCCUAAAAGAAGGAGGAAAAAGAAUGAAAAAGACAAAAAAUAAAAGAGAAAAAAGUGAAAUGGGAGUAGGAAGAAGAAGAGGAAAUAUGCAUUUAAUGAAUUAUCGUAAUAAUAAUGCGAAACAUGAAGAAAAUGAAAAAGCAAGAAAAGAAAAUUAUGUAAAUGUAUAUAUGGAGACACUAAAAAUAAAAGAUGAGUAUUAUAUAAAUAAUACCCAUAAGUAUACUCUGUACAAUUUCUUAAGGAGGAAACUUUACCGGAUGGUUGAAUUUCAUUAUCUCUUCACUCCCUCCGAUUAUGAAUAUGGGUCCUUCAUCAUGAUGGGUUUCCUAAACGACAACACGAGUAGCUGCAUCGAGGUUAAUAGAAUUUGUGAAGCAGGAAUUUUACUCUAUUACAAGAACCGACUAAUAAAACGGUUAGAUGCACCCUUCAUAGAUACUGCUUAUAAUCUUUCCCUUUCGAAAUACCCUCCAAACCCAUCAUUAUACGAAGGAAAUUUAUACAAGUAUGCCCUCACGGUCAUUGUGAAUGUUCCUAAUUGGCUUAAACCUUCCAUCAGCAAACAAGAAUUUGUUCAUGAAAAUAAUUAUGCUUUCCUCCUCUUUAAGAAAAAACUCGUCAGUCUAAUUAAAUAUUACCUCUGCAUCUGUGAGGACACAGACAAAUUAACCAAGUGGAGAGAAUCGCGAGACCUUAAGUUAAAAAGGUACUUGGAAAAUAGGCAGUAUAACAACAGACCCCCCAAAAAUGACUCCGACAAUGAGUACGAAAAGGCCUAUAAAAUAAUGUACGCUGAUAAGGGGAAGAGCAGAAAUGACCAAGAGGACGGGGUCAUGACUCAUAAGGAAGAGGAAGCACAAAGGAGGGACCGCGCAGCGGGACAUGUAAUCAAAUGUGGUGAUAACAGAACCCAUGAGGGAAAGAGAAGGAGGGAAGCGACUAAUGGCACAGAAGUGGGAGAUGCGGCAAAUGCGAUGAAUGACGGAGCAAAUGCGGCAGAUUCAUCCACAGGAAAUAACCUCCACGAUAGUUGUGCUAAUUUGAAACAGGAAGAAGAGGAAGAGGAGGAGGAAGAAGAAGAAGAAGAACACGCAGAGAAUGACAUGCCAGCUGAGGAGGAAGAAGCGGCAGAGGACGAUGAGGAGGAGGAAGCGGAAGAAGGGGAAGGAAGCAACGAGCAAUAUGCACAUAGAGCCAAAAAGGAAACGAAGCAGAAAACGCUAAAUGAUGAGGAUGAAGAGGAAGAAGAGGAAGAGGAGGCAGAAGAGGGCGAAGAUGAUGAAGAGUAUGUACCGGAGGAAGAUGAUGAGCACAGAGACCCCGAUGCGGACGAGGACAACGAAGAGGAGGAGGACCAAAAUGAUAAUAACCAGUACGAUGAAGAGGAUGAAACAAAGGCGAGAAAAAAGCAAAAACUGAGUCAUGACGAAGACGAUGAGGAGGAAGAGGACGCAAAUGACGAGGAGGAGGAGGAAGAUGAUGAAGAGGUGAAUGAAGAAGUAGAUGAGGAGGAGGGCCAAAAGGAUGAGGAAGUAGUUGAAGAGGAGGAGGAAGAAGAAGAAGUCGAGGAGGAAGAGGAAAAGGAUGAAGAUGAAGAAGAGUACGACCCGGAAGAGGACGAUGAAGAGCAUAACGAAAUGGUUAAGGUUGUAGAUGACGAGGAUGAGGAGAAAGAAAACCUCGUCAACUGCCACGAUGACGGAAACGAAAUGGAUGAAGACAAUUACGAGGACGACUGGAGCAGCUGA